CUCUUCUAAAUGUCUGUUAUUAAAAAAACACAAGAUACAGCGUCAACUACAAAUACAAGCGGCGGGCGACGGCGCGAAGAAUACGAAGCCAUGGCCCGCCGAGAGAGGUCGUUAGUUUACGUUGUCGCCGCGCUGUUCGCAUGCGCAGUUGUCGCCUCUGCACUACCAGACCCUUAUGCUGUAGAUAAACUAGAAAACAAAACAAAUCUUUCAUACCGGCAUUCUAACGGGUUCCUGUUUACGGUAGAUGCGGUGUUCUACAGAGGAAGGUCGAAGGAUGUACGGAACCGAGAGGCGGAGGAACGCGCGAACCGGCCCGUCAACGAGAGGUACCCGCACGCGGUUCUCUUCGGCGGAACUUGCGGCGGAACCAUCAUCGCCCCCAAUUGGGUCCUCACGGCUGCACACUGCACGCUGUUUACCGGUGGCAAGUAUGUGCUAGCCGGCACAAACAACUCGGAGGACGGCAGCGGAGUGACGAGACGCGUCAAGAAACUGUACAUACACCCGCGUUUUGCCGUCGGACCCUACUGGCUCAACGCGAGACGCUACGACAUCAAACAGGUGGCUGCGAGAUUCGACUACCUCCUAGCGGAAUUGGAGGAACCUUUUGAGCUGGACGGUGUGAAGAUAGCCGCUGCAGAACUGAAUAACUUGAAUGUAUUACCUCCGAAUAUAAACGUGGGAUACGCUGGAUAUGGAGCCGAGCAUCAUGGGGAAACAAUGCGCCAUGAGAUGCACGGCAUGGACUUGACUCUGCUGGCUGAGGAGGAAUGCUCCAAGUUAGAAGAAUACGACUCUCAAGACAUGAUUUGUAUCAGAGGACGCGCUCCCAGAUACGACUCUGCUUGCAAUGGUGACAGCGGCAGCGGUAUUGUAGACGAGAAUAAUGUGCUGAUCGGUAUAGCGUCGUGGGUGGAGAACGACGCUUUGGAGUGCCGUAACGGCGCUAUCGUCUACUGCUCUAAAGUGGCCGCAGCACGACCCUGGAUACGCAAGAUUACUGGCAUCUAAAUUAAGUUUAAUAAACUCCGUACUAGAUUGGGUGCCAUCUUGUCAAUAGUUAAAAUUUUUGUUUAUUUACGGAUAAUUAAGCAAUUAUCAAAUCAAACUUAAACAUAUGUUUUUAAAAGCCAUCAUUUUUCUUUACAUUUUCUUUUUUUAAAUUAGUUUUCCUUUGGCCAAAAGAUGUGGACUUUAUGAGUUACACAAUAACACUUAUUUUGCAAUCUCUAAGGACUGCUUUAGUACGUGAGUAAUGCAAAGAUUUAGGUUAAGAAAUGUAUAUAAAAAGAAAGUAAAUGUCUUACAUUUAUAUUAUAGUUGUGGUUACAUUUAAUAAAAACUGACUGAAAAAUUAUUUUACUGAACGACAAGUACACAAAGAAUUUUAGCCUGAAAUCGUUUUGUACCAAGUGCAAAGAAAGUUGCGACUAUUAUUUUUUUAUUAUACAUAGUUAUUGUCGAGGAAUUUAAGGUACAUUGAGUUAUUUUGUUUUGUCUUUAGACAUUGCAUUGCUGUAUAUUAUGCUAGUCAGUUUCGACUCUCUUAAUGUUUUGUUGAAAUUUUAAGGUUAUAUGUAACCUAUAAUAGGCCAUUCAAUAAUUACGUUCGCCUUAUAGUAAAUAUACUCUUGGGGAACAGGACUGCCCAGUUCUUGAUAUUUUGAAAUGAAUUUGGUAACAAAAUAUUAUGUAACGUUACAAAGUUGUUCGAGAAAUCGUUAUUUUAAAUCGCAAAAACAACGUAAAUGAAGGGCCCCUAGAUAAACUACGAUAUUUGCAACCUGUAUACAUAUUUCUGUAAACAGGCAUUUAUAAUAUACUUAACUAAUUACUACUAAUCGUCGAUGUAACAGUAUGGAAAUGUUUUUCUUUAAUUUGUGUCCACUCUGUUAAAAACUGUAAUCUUUGUCUUCAAGAAUAUUUGUUUCAUCGAAUAACACAACUGUUGACUAAAAUGUUUUGUA